AUGGCAGUCUCCCCAGUCGUCACCCACACGGUAGAGGUGCCUCAAUCACAAACCCUCCAGCGCGCCAUCUCUUCGCCUCUCAAGAACGUCACCUCGCAAACCUCUUCCUCCAAUGGCACUCCUAAACCACCCGUCACGUCGGUGCCUGCGCCAGCCACCAUGCCUGCGACUUUGGAUCUCGCCGAGCAGAUGAACGACGAGGAGAAGCGGAAAUACGUCAAAGGCAAGAAGCUAGGUGAAGGUACCUACGCCAUCGUCUUCCUCGGCCACCUCCGCUCCAAGCCGUCCACCCUCGUCGCCAUCAAAAAGAUCAAGGUGCAGAAGGAGUACGACGAGGGCAUGGCGCCCGACGCCGUCCGCGAGCUCAAGCACCUCCAGGAGCUCUCCCACCCAAACAUCAUCUCCCUCCUCUCCGUCUUCUCCUCCAAGGACCAGAACCUCAACCUCGUCCUCGAGUACCUGCCCCGCGGCGACCUCGAGAUGCUCAUCCGCGACACGGAAAACGUCCGCUACGGUACAGCAGACAUCAAGACGUGGAUGGGCAUGCUCACCCGCGCCGUGUGGUUCUGCCACGAGAACUUUGUUCUACACCGUGAUAUCAAGCCCAACAACUUGCUCAUCGCCGCUGACGGGGAGGUCAAGCUUGCUGAUUUUGGUCUCGCGCGCAGCUUUGCCGAUCCUCACCAGCUCAUGUCGUCGCGCGUCAUCACCCGCUGGUAUCGUCCCCCUGAGCUGCUCUUUGACGCAAAGCACUACAGCGGCGCUGUCGACGUCUGGUCCGUCGGCACUGUCUUUGCGGAGCUCAUCAUGCGUGCGCCCUACCUCCCCGGCAACACGGACCUCGACCAGGUCCGUCUCGUCUGCGAGGCCAUCGGCACACCUACCGAGGACAACUGGCCCGGCGUCACGAAGCUCUCCGGGUACGCUGUUCCCGGACAGCACCCGGUUCGUGGUAAAGACUGGUAUGAGAUGCGCUUCGGCAGUGUGGGCUCUGACGGUGUCGAUCUCCUCAUGAAGACGCUCAUCCUCGACCCCAAGAAGCGCAUCACAGCCCGCUCCAUGCUCGAUCACCCGUGGUGGCACUCGGAGCCCAAGCCCACGCGAAAGCAGGACCUCCCAAAGAAAGGCGGUGCCGGGGCCGACGACAAGAUGGGAGCCGACCUCAAGCGCAGGCCGGGCGUCAUUGACGACGAUCGGGGAUCCAAGGUUGCUCGCAAGCUCGACUUUGGAGGCAUGUAA